CAACAACAGCAAAAUCCUCCAGUAGCUUCGCAUCACUGUAGUUUAUCAAUAUGUCAUAAAAUCUCUCUGUGGUUUAGCCCCUCUAUUUUAGCCUGCCCCACCUCCCCUUCCCUUCCUUCCUCAGCUUUCAACAUAGGCCCGCCAGGCUUCUUCCAGCUCCCCUGAGAGCCUGGCUGUGUCUCCCCUUUCCCUGCUGCAUAGCAUCCUCUUCCUCCUCUGUUCACCUGCCGAUACCUGCCUGUUCUUCCAUGUUCUUUCACGUGUUGCUCAUUAAUCGCUUCUCCCAGGAAGCCUUCCUUGACUCUUAGGUUGAGUCUGGGACUCCCUAAAUAUACCAGGCACUGGUAGAAAUGUUUAUUAUCUUGAUUGUGGUGAUGGUUUCACACAUGUGUGUGUCAAAACACCAAAGUGUCCGCUCAGCUAUAUGCAGUUUGUUUUGUGUCAGUAUCCUGUGCACAUUUCCAUGGCUGUACUCACCACAUAGUUUUAUUAUAAUUUACAUGUAAUUUACAUUCUCCUCCCCACCAGACUGUGAGGCCCCUUGAGGGAAAGCAGGGAUCUUGGAGACAUCUUAUUUGGAUCCCUGAGUCCUACAGUAGGGUGGUUGGUAUUUGUGCAAUGAUGUGCAUAACGCUUGAUACUGACCCAAGGAAUGGAACAGAUCAGCUAUUCAACCAGACGUGGGUAAUCAUCUUAAAACCUUCCCUAGACACCAUGCCACAAGAAGAGUGAUCUGUUCCCCAUUUUCACAAUGGAAGACUCGGGAAAGACUUUCAGCUCUGAGGAGGAAGAAGCAAACUAUUGGAAAGACCUGGCAAUGACUUACAAGCAGAGGGCGGAGAACACACAAGAGGAACUUCGAGAAUUCCAGGAGGGAAGCCGAGAAUAUGAAGCUGAAUUGGAGACGCAGCUGCAACAGAUUGAAACCAGGAACAGAGACCUCCUGUCGGAAAAUAACCGCCUGCGCAUGGAACUAGAAACCAUCAAGGAGAAGUUUGAAAUGCAGCAUUCCGAAGGCUACCGGCAGAUCUCGGCCUUGGAGGAUGACCUCGCACAGACGAAGGCAAUUAAAGACCAGCUGCAAAAGUACAUCAGAGAGCUGGAGCAAGCCAAUGAUGACUUGGAAAGAGCCAAGCGAGCCACGAUCAUGUCUCUGGAAGACUUUGAGCAGCGCUUGAAUCAAGCCAUUGAAAGAAAUGCCUUCCUGGAAAGUGAACUUGACGAGAAGGAGAAUCUCCUGGAAUCUGUUCAGAGACUGAAGGAUGAAGCCAGGGAUUUGCGGCAGGAACUGGCCGUGCAACAGAAGCAAGAAAAGCCCAGGACCCCCUUGCCCAGUGCAGUGGAAGCUGAAAGGACAGACACUGCCGUGCAGGCCACUGGCUCCGUGCCAUCCACUCCCGUCACGCAUCGGGGACCCAGCUCCAGUUUAAACACACCAGGGACCUUCAGGCGUGGCCUGGACGACUCCACUGGGGGGACCCCCCUCACACCCGCAGCCCGGAUAUCAGCCCUCAACAUUGUGGGAGACCUGCUGCGGAAAGUGGGGGCGCUGGAGUCCAAGCUCGCAUCCUGUCGGAACUUCGUAUAUGAUCAGUCCCCAAACCGAACAAGUGGCCCAGCCUCAGGGCGGGGGAACAAGAACAGGGACGGCAGCGACAGAUGGCAGAGCAGCACCACCGCACCUUUGGGUGAUAAAGGGUUGGGAAAACGCCUGGAAUUUGGGAAGCCGCCUUCACACACAUCCUCACCGUCGCUGCCGUCAGCCCAGGGUGUAGUCAAGAUGUUGCUUUAGGAAAACCACGCAAGCGGAAGCCCCUGGUGUUUGUGCAGGAGUUGUUACCUUUCUUCGUCUCUUUACACUAAGUUUUUGUUCUAUUCUGUAUUGUUUGAGGUUAGUUUGAGAUGUGAGCCAGCAGUCACCAUAGUUCGCUUUGUGCUUUGUGGCCCAAGCCAAUGACUGAGGCCAUCCAUCAGCUGUGGCCCCUGGGGUUCGUCUGUCCCUGUGAAAUGUCUCAUCAUUCCUGGCCUCCCUCUCGGUGCGUGCAUUGGUAAGAGGGACAGACCGGGCCCUCUGGGGAGGGCUCCAAAGUGUGGGUGGUGAGGCUACACCCUCAUGCCGAGCCAACCCAAGAGGAGUCCUCAUCGCUCUUGGGAGGUGUUUUUAAUGUCCUGUCUCAGAGGCUCUCCCCCCAUCCCCAGUCAGCUGGAAUUGUCUUCCAGAGCAAGAUCCCCCAGUGCUUUAUGGCGUGCUGAAAUCAUGUCUAGGAGUAGAGAACAGAAUGGUAGGCACACGCCUUUUUUUAAACUGUGGUAGUGUACCUCUGAGACUUUUUAAUUUGCCUCUCAUUGAGGUUUUUAGAGGUGUGUUUGAGUUUCAGAGUAAUUUUCAGGUCAACCAGGGUUGGUGGGAAACCUACGUCCUGUUUAGGUAAAUCCUAACCAUUAGAUUUCCCGAGUCCCCUGCCCUGGCGUGGAGGUGACUUCUGCUUCUGGACCUUGGAGGUCACUGGGGUAGAGGUGGCCUUGGUCAUGCAGCCCCCAAGAACAGGACUCAUUCAAAGCCAUCAUGAAGUCACCAGGUUUAUCUUCAAGUAAGUUGAAAACACAAGAUUGUUGUUGGCAGCUUCCUUGUCAAAGAAAGAAACCAACACCAGAUUUCCAAAGCACAGCAGCGUGUCUGCUUGUCACUGCGUGUUAGGGACCGCCGCCCCACGCUUUCAGAUGCAAGUAAAAGAAAGAGCACACUAAUUUCAAGGUCGUGCACGCAGCUUCAUGGCCUUCCUUUUGUUACUAAGUUAUUUUCUGAAAGAACAGCAAAAGUUUCCUGUCGUUGAAAAUAGAACAUUUUAAGCGAGACCGAACCUCGGCAGAGGCGUAAGCUGCCGGGUGGGUUCGUUACUCGAGAAACAUUCUAACCAACCUGUAUUGGUAAAAGAUGUACUUUUAUUUUUUUAAAAGAAUAAUAAAAUCAAGAGGAACUAA